AUGUAUCAACCUUAUUCAGAGCGUGGGUGGUACCAGAGGACAACUGCGUUGCAACUGCUGAGAAAUAACACUGCCUCAGUAAUGAAGAAGUACAAAGAGGGUGUGGUUUACUUCGGUGAUGAUGAUAACGCCUAUGACACUCGCUUAUUCACUGACUAUAUACGAAAUGUGAAAAAGCUCGGAAUGUGGGCCGUUGGACUAUCCGGUGGAACUCCAGUGGAGUCUCCUGAGGUUAUGAAUGGAACAGUCGUCGGGUACAAGGUCAAGUGGGGCCCUAAGCGAAAAUUUGCUGUUGACAUGGCAGGAUUCGCAAUAAAUCUCAACUUUAUACUGAACACAACAGCGGUUUUUGGAAAAUCAUGUCGUAGUGGCUUUGGAGCGCCGGAACCAUGUUUCCUUGAGGAUAUGGGUUUUUCUCAAGAUGAUAUUGAGCCCUUUGGACUCGAUGAAGAAAUGACUCUCAAGGUUUUUUAA